CAUUUUUUAGUGUAAUACAUCUUACACAAAAAUGCUAUUUAAGUCUUUCUACUUCGAAUUGUGAAAUUUACUUUUUGAGUAAAAACUUUUUUUUUUGGAGUGAUUGACUUUUUUUACAAUAAUAAUUUUGAUUUACAAAACAAGUACUAUUAUAAUGUAAUGUUCAUAAUGUGUUUGCUCGUGCUAAACUUCCUGUCACAAUGCUAGAGUGUUUUGGGUGGUUGCUAGGUUGUUUAUAUGCAGUUGCUAAGGUGUUAUUUUUAGAAUGUUACUCUGGUGUUCUAAAUGUUUUCUAAGGAGAAUGGUCACUAGUUAGUGAAACAAUCAGAAACUAGAAGUCUUCAUUUAGAACAGCAAUACCACACCUCUAACCAACAAAGUAUAAUUCAUAUACAUAGCACAAAUGCAGGAUGAGUUCAAAGAAACUCCAAACUCAAAAUAUGAACAAUAAUAAUAGUAAUACUUGCCUUAUUUAAACAAAGUUUUAUAUAGAGUCAAAAAAUUAAUUAUUUAAGUGCAUUUAGCAGAGCUCCUUGGUACAGUUCGAAUCUUCGCUUCUUAAAAUAUCCUCCGCCCUAGUUAUGUUCCACACUUCGGUGAACUCAAAUAUAGCCUUCUCUAAAGGGUUUCCCCAUAUGAGGACUCACCUUCCUUAGAAAUCCUCUGGUCAAUUACAUCGGCUUGAGAAACAAGUCACACUGGGCGGGGUUUGCUCAGAGAAGCCAGGAAUAUUAAAGCCUAUUGGCAGACCUCUCUAUGGAAAAUGAUUGAUCAUUCUACGAUAAGCCUUCUCAGACCAGGUCAGGAAGUUUAGGAUCACGACAAAUCAUGACCUAUCCUACCGAGAGGGAGGGGUAAGUCCGUCACUAGACUUUCCGAGUUCUCUCUUCGUCAGCCGUAGAUGUCCUUUAGUUCUUGGAAGUGUUCAACACUUAUCCAAUUAAAGGGUUAUCUCUCCUUUUAGUUGCCUAGUCUGUAGGGCUUUAGGACUUCUGCCGUCAUCAACAGUCAAUCCCAACUUGCAGCAGCAACUCUCCUCACAUCUCAUACUGAAACUGCUGCUACUGCUGGACUUCUGGAUUUGACACACCAUUUCCACAUUUCCUUCAGAAAGAGGUCCUCUGAGGAGUUAUGGGUGCCCACGCAUCCAGCCUGGAUGAAGUCUUGGCUGAGGACAUGCACCACUGGUACAACAAAUUCAUGAGGGAAUCACCUUCAGGUCUCAUCACGCUCUUCGAACUCAAGGCCAUGUUACAGAUGCAGGGGAUGACUGAGGAAGCCAGCAGCUAUGUGGAUCAGGUCUUCUUCACUUUUGACAUGGAUGGGGAUGGCUAUAUAGAUUUUGUAGAAUACAUCGCAGCUGUGAGUCUUCUACUGAAAGGAGAGAUAAACCAGAAACUGAAGUGGUACUUCAAACUCUUUGAUCAGGACGGAAACGGCAAGAUUGACAGAGAUGAAAUGGAGACCAUAUUUAAAGCCAUCCAAGACAUUACCCGGAGUUAUGACAUCCCUCCAGAUGAUAUUGUGACUCUGAUCUAUGAGAAGAUUGAUGUUAACAAUGAAGGUGAGUUAACGCUGGAGGAGUUCAUCACAGGGGCUAAAGAACAUCCUGAUAUCAUGGAGAUGCUCUCCAAGAUGAUGGACCUCACACAUGUCCUGGAGAUCAUAGUCAAUGGGCAGAAAAAGAAGGAGUGACUGCCAAUGUAUGAUGCAUUGGACAAUAAAAGGAUCCCCUCUUAAUUGAAGAUGAUCAACUCUGUGGCUGGAAUGCGUAAAACAGACCCGAUAGAGGGUGGAACCUACUAGCAGCAUUUCAGAGAGGUGGACAUGAGCGAUCAUCAUCAUGUGAUUGUGUCUUUCAAACACUUUCUCUCUGUCUUUGUGCCUCAGAUAUCUAGUUAUCGGAGCUCUCUUUCCCCUCUACUUUUAACUGCAUCACCUCUGCAAGUCUAAAAAUGUCAUUCUUACAGGAAGAAAUGACGCAAGAGGAGAUGAAUUCAUGGUUUAAAGUUAAAGUAGACAAUGUUUUUCAUAAACACUUUGAAACUCUCUUCACAUCCUAAUAGCAAUCAAUAAUAUAAGUGGUCUAAAUAUUAAAACAUUUACAUAUAUAUUUUCUGUGCAAGUUUCAGGACCAAAAAAUGGUCUUCCAAUCAUUCGGUCCAAAAAAAAAAAAAAACAAAGACUUUAUGCUGCGUUCACGCCAUGUCAUAAUUACCGUAAUUAAGAGAUGGCAACCUGUGGCACUCUACUUGGAGCUGUUCACCUCGAAAUUAAUUUGCAGCAAUCAGGUGGUGUAAGUCAGAGUUCUUUAAGUUUCUCACGUUCAUUAAUACUGUAAUGUUAAAGAUAGCACAAGCACGCUUUUCAAGCAAAACAUUUCACAAAUAGAAAUUUUUAAAGGUUUUAAGUUGAACAAUAAAACAAUAGAUAUACUGUUCAAAAUGAAGAUUAAAAAUACCUUCUGGUUGUCUAAUGUGAGUGAGUGUCAUCAACUUGGGCAUCAAGAAAAGUGAAGUUUACCACUUUGUUUGAUAUUUUCCAUCUAAUGGAAUAAAUAUUCAGACGUUUUAAGAUUUAAGACUUAUAAGUGUCCAAAUACUGUUUUGGGGACACUGUGUAUGAAGGGGCCACUAUUAUAAAUAAUUGUACAGUUUUUCUAUUGAUGUAUGUAAUCUUAAUUCUGACUUUUGAGAUUUUAUGCUGAAUUGUAUAGACAACUCUGCAAUUCUAACUAUUGCCUUACAAAUAAAUG